CAAGACCUGGAGAAUUGAGCUUAAGAUACAUCUCAAUCUACUACCCUCGGAGCUUCUGUUCACGAAGAAAUACCUGUAUCUGCUGGCGCAAUAUCACAGUUUCCAAGUUAUCCGAGUGGGCCGCUUUCAUUUAUACACAAAGACAACCGGCAUCAUUGGACGCAGUGAUCCUUGUAUCUUGAAGGGUCGGACCGUGAGCAUCUGCUGUCGUCCCACGAUAUGACUGCUCAGUCGAGCCACACGGACAUGCAACGACUGGCUUCUGCCUUGCGCUGUUCCCAUUAUGCGGUGAUGUAUAUUGACCAUAGUGGACAACUCCGCUCAGAAGGGUCCCCUUCCAUUGCAGGGGGAGAGAGAGAGAUAUUCACAGAGGAGGUGCAGGGGAGAUUCCUGAGGUCUGUGGCCUCAGCAUGGCAGCUGAAUACGAACAAUCCUUUAGGUCACAUGUCCGGAGAUGAAGCGGCGGCGACUUACUCUUCCUCUUCCUCUUCCUCUUCCUGGCCCCAUCAUCCAACCACAACAAGACCGGCCGGACUCAUACCCUGUGACUUGGUGUCGUUGCGUUUCAAGCGUCCCCGAAGAAGUUUAAGACAGACCGAUUCAGCUUCAGCUCCAGGUUCGACGUCGGAAAAUGAGCAGAGCUCAGAAACAAGAGCAACAAUCCUUCGACUGGGGGACACUGAAACCCUUCGGCACUACUACGAAAGGGCUUUUGACAAAUUCCAACAGCUGAACUGCAGGGUGAUUGCCAAAGCAUUCAUCAAACUAGUAGAGCCCCGCAAGCAGGUCAAUCAUCCGUAUAAUGGCCGACGAACGUCGGCUUCUGCUUCACAGAGGAUGGACCCUGAGCUAACCAAGCCCAACUGGUGGCCGGCUGGGGUGACACACAAAGAGCCCGACCACCUGUUCAAGCCUGAGCGGAUCAAGUUGCUUGUGCAUAUCCUGUGUAAUCUGAAAGACAGCAAGGGAGUGACAGCCGAAAAACUCCAGGAGGCAGGCCAGGAUGUGAAACGUCAGAUUCAGCCCACGAGGCGGCAAGAUGUCUUGGACGAGAUCUUCUAUGUUCGGAAAAUGGAAGAAUUAUACUUGGACGGAAAGAUCAGUGGUGACACAACAGUGCGUGUCUUUCAUGCUCACCUUGCUGAUCAAUGUCAUGUCCCUGAGCUGCAGGAGUCGACAAACGACUCUUGCUCUGCUGUUGAAACUAUCCACAAGUCUAUCAAUUCCCACGCGACACAAUUCACUCCAGAUACAGAGAAGAUAGCAGAGGCUGCAGAGCGGAGCCUAGACAGUGAUCAUCCCCAGAGAUUGUUCCAGUCAAGUGACAGAAGCCCAUCGUUAUCGGAGAAGGGCUCGGCAAGCCCAAGUGCUUGCUUCUCUCUCUCUCCGGCGUCAUCCUCUACAGUCAGCCGUGCAGUUUCUCUGGACAACAGUUUGUCAAAGGAACCAGCUGACAUCGGUGGCACCUCAAAGUCAAAUAGAGAUCCUGGUGCGUUUCGAGACAUGCAAUCUACUGUGUCUCAAAGCUUGCCAGAAUAUUUCGCGCAGCAAGUGGCACAUCCGCCCGGUGGGCAGAGUGCCACUUCGAGCUACUGGGCCACCCUUCCAUACAAUGGUUACUGAUCACUGUCAUUGGAACGGGCGGGAGCUUUCCUUGUGAGUGCUGCAUGUAUCACAAGCUGGCUCUCAUGAGAAAGUCUGUGCCUUCCGGCUACCUUGCUGCUUUCUUCUUGAUACUCUUUUGUUUGCUGUAUCUCUGCGGGGACCAUCAAUGAUCUAGGUGAGUUUUUAUCUGCAAGGUUGUAUAUACAUACAUGUCAGGGUUUCAAGAACUAUGUAAUGAUACGACCAGAACAACAGCUCUGAGUCCUUCA